GACCAGUCACCUUUUGCGCGCCGUGGAGUAAGGAGGUGUGACGCAUCUCCUGACAUUCUUCCCUCACUGGACACGAGCGGGAGAGAGCGCGAGGAAGGAGAGGAACGGAGGGAGGGAAAGAAUAGAGACCCAGGAGAGACAGAGAGGGAAGGAGAGGAAGAGAAAACAGACCGCUCAACUCUUACUACCUUCCUUCCUCCAUUCUUGUCCUCACCAUCAUCAUCAUCAGCUUACCGAAGAGAAGGAAGAGAGGGAAAACUAAGCAACACUAAUACGACAACCACGACCGCCAUUCAUAAGUGGAAGGACGUCUUUCUCUCUAUUCCUAAGGCCUCGCGAACCUUAAAAUGGAGAGGCAAUUAGCGCUAAGUGGAGUGACGUGACGGUGGUUCAUGCCUCACCUGGAAAUAUUAUCAUAGACACUUGCUUGAGCCUUCCACCGACGCCACCAACACAACCCUCUCAACUUCCCCCGACCUCAACCCACCCACCGACCUACCCACUCACCCCUCCGCCGCCGCCUCCUCUACCGCCACUGCCACCCACCUCUCCUAUCACCCCUACUCCUCCUCCUCCCCCUCCUCCUUUCUCUCCCCUUCCAGCGACGCCAAGCCCACGCAAAUAAAAUGAAGAGGAACAUAAGAAUCAAGUGGUGGAGGAGUUUUCUGACGGAGGUGGCUCUGUUGUGCCUGCUGCUGGCGUGUCCGGGGGGCGCGUGUCCCCAAGGGUGCCGCUGCAGCCUGGACGGGCGGGGGCGGCGGUCCGUGCGCUGCGAGGAUGGCGGCAUGUCGGACCCCAUCCCGGUGGGCAACAUGGCCUGGGAUGUGGAGGUGCUUAUCAUCACCGCCCCGCCGCUGCGCCCCAACUCCCUCACGCUGGGGCCAAUCUUCAAGGACAUGCGGCGCCUGGAGGAAAUCCACAUCACCCGCGCCAACAUCCCGGCCCUCGGCGCCCACACUUUCUGGGGGCUGCAGCGCCUUCACGUCCUCAACCUGACGCACAACGAGAUCGCGACGCUCAUGGACACCAACUUCCGCGGUGCCGAGGCUCUGCGGCACCUCGACCUGAGCCACAACAUGAUCGAGUCGGUGCCUUCCGCCGUGUUCCGCCACGUGCGCCUCCUGCAGACCCUCACGCUGGCGCACAACAUGGUGGCGGAACUCGUGCCGCGCAUCUUCUUCGGCCUGACGCGGCUCCAGCGGCUGGACAUCAGUUACAACCCGCUCGGUGACCUCAGGCCGGAGCAGUUUGCGGACGUGCCUGAGCUGGAGGAGCUGCACUGUGCCGGGUGUGGCCUCUCCUCCCUCAGCAGCUCCCUCCUCGGGGCGCUCAGCAACCUUCACACCUUCGACCUGCACAACAACCGCCUCACGCAGGUCCCCGCCGGCGUGGCCACCACCUACAUGCCCAGACUCGCCUCCCUUAACCUCAACGCCAACUGGAUCACGUUCAUCGAGAAGGGCGUCGUGGCCGGCUCGUCCCUCACCUCGCUCCACCUCGGCCACAACCGCAUCAACCGCGUGGAGCACGAGGCCUUCGGCAACGCCUCGCUCACCUUCCUCGACCUCUCCUACAACCGUCUGGUCAGCCUGGAGUCCGAAGCCAUCCGGGACGUGCUGGACGGACUGCAGGAACUCCACCUGUCCGGCAACUCUCUCCACAUCGAGAGGCUGCUGAUGGUGCUGCCAGCGGCGGCAAGGUUAGAGCGGCUGGGCUUGGGAGACAUGGGCCUCAUGCGGCUGCCUCCCGGCCUCCUCAUGAACCUGACCAGCCUCCGUCACCUCAACGUGUCAUCUAACUACCUCUCCACCUUCCCCACCGCGGCGCUCCUCCACGCCCCGCAGCUCUAUUCCCUUGACCUUUCUCGCAACAGCUUCCGAGGCCUGGACGAGGAGGUGGUCGAGGCCAUCAUCUCGUCCAGUAACCUCCGGAAACUGCGCCUGGAGGGCAACCCAUGGCAGUGUGACCAGUGCCACGUGGGGCCGCUGCUGGGGUGGCUGCAGGGCGCGCCGGACCAGGAGUCUGGGUGCGAGGAGCCGCGGGUGUGGACAUGUCUGCGCUGCUUCGGGCCGCUGGGGCUGGAGGGGCUGGAGCUGGCCAUGCUGCCCAAGGCUGACAUGCCGCUGUGCCCACAGGACGUGUCAGCCGCCUCGCCCUCGUGGACCACGCCGGACAUCAGCGAGAACACCAUCGAGCCGAUGCUGCCGCACAGCCAGCUAACGGUACAGGAGGACCGCGGGGGGCCCGACUGGUCGCUGGCGGGGCUGGCGGUGAGGCACUUCCACCUGCUGAUCGUGGUGGGCUGCUGCGUGGUGCUGGUGCUGCUGGUGCUGGUGGUGGUGGCCGUGGUGGCCUACAGCCGCCACUCGGCCUUUUACUACACCUGCGAGGGCCAGACCGUCGCUCAGGCGCCAGCCAAGAAGAAGACCAGAGAAAAGAGCAAGAAGAACGGCAAGAGCGGCAAGAACAACAACAGCAGCAGCCGUCCAGACGUCACUAUCGCCACCAUCGAGGAAUUGGCGAACAUCGACGGCUCGCAGGAGCUGCUCGGCACCACACAGACUCCCUUGCAAGACUUUCCUUAGAGAUAAGUCGGGUCCGCCCACUCCCUGUACUGUUACAUUCUCCUGUGGCUUCGGAUGGAGAGGGAGAGAUAAAGCGAGGGAGAGAGAGAGAGAGCGAGUCUUGCCGCCCACGUACCAGCCUCCGCACCACAACCCUCACCGCCACGCCGGGAACACAGCGUCACCAGAAGGUUAAGGAAGGGCCAUAAAUCCCGUCCCCUCUCUGACUGUGUUCGUGGACGGCCACACAAACAUGGCUCAUGAGCAAAACGAGCAGCGCACUGCUCCUCGUCCUCUUUACACAUACUUCCACACGUUUAAAAAGCAGCAAGAAUACGCACGGCCAUAAAAACAGAAAUUAAUUUGUGGAAAACGAUUUAAGAGGAGAGGGAAAAAGAGAUAGAGAAAGAGAGAGAGAGAGAACGCAAAGGACGCGCACACCCCCACGCACAGGCAAAGUUCCGAGUCGGUGGAGGCGGAGAAUCCCAUCAAAAGCGGCGUCAGUGUUACAAUUGGAUUUAUCCGUAUGAAGAGUGGCGACGGUGGCACAUCAUCCUAGUUUGCCGGACAGUGGAAGCGAUGACCAGAGAAACAGAGAGAGGGGAAAGGGAGACGAGAGAGAGAGAAAGAGGGAAGGGGAGGGAGACAAUGGAGGAGACGGAGGGGAGGGGAAGCCCAGGAGCAACACAAGAGGAAGGCUGCAAAUAUUGAGAUACCAAAAUAGCUGGAAGAGAGGGAAAGAGAGAGAGAGAGGGAGAGGGGCAGAUGCAAAUAAAAUAAUGGAUGAAAGUUGGCUUGGAAAAGGGAGUGAAAGAAAAAUACCCGCUUGUAAA